AUGGAUAAAACACCUAUACAUGAUCCAUCUAUGACACCAUCAUCAUCAACGAUGAUGACAACAACAGCAAAUAAUCCUUUACAAACAAAAACAAUGGUUUAUGUUUGUGGUGAAUGUCAUAAAGAUAAUGAAUUGAAACCUACGGAUGUUAUUCGAUGUACGGAAUGUGGUUAUCGAAUAUUAUAUAAAAAACGAACAAAACGAUUAAUUGUUUAUGAUGCUCGUUGA